GCUGCAGCUGUUUCAUAACCACAUUCACUGGAAGCAGCGUGACUGGAGUGGCUGCCAAGGAAACAGACAGGGCCUGUGUAUUAGGGGAAGGAGAAUCAAAGUCCACACUGGGAUAGGAAAACACCAAGCUCGGAAGCCUGCCUCUCACGGCCUGCGAAUUGCAUCUGGGAGGCUUUCGCCAAAGCAAGCAACAUGUUACAGCAGAAUAAUUGCUGCAGGAGCAGUUCGGCCGUUGUUCGAGAAGAACCCUCCAGAACUUUGGAAAGGACGGCGAGGAAACCAGGAGGCAGAGAACCACUCUUGCUGGUGUCUGGAGGUCUCCUGCUGUGUGUUGGACUUGUGGCUUCCGGAGUCUUUGACGGUGUUCACACAGAAGUUGGGUACGAGUACUAUGCUGAACCAACUGUGUCAGGAUUGCCUGCUGUACUGGCUAUGCCUGCCAAUUGUUUGGUCAACUUGGCCUACAUAUUUCUGGGCUGGCACUGGCUGCCUUCGGGUGACGAGAGGGGUCAAGCAUGCUACCUCCAGGAGGUCUUUGCCCUUAUGGCGCUUGCAUACGGGCCUGUACAAUGGGUGCGGCUCUGGACACAGCAUCACUGGGCGGCUGUCUUAGAUCAGUGGUUGACAUUGCCAAUUUUUGCUUGGGGUGUUGUCUGGUGUCACUUUCUGGAGCACGGGUGGCAGCCAGGCACCUUCCUGGCCAUGGAAGCAGCGUCACUGACGAGCUAUGUUCUGGCAUUGCUUCACCCCCAAGGCUUUGAGCUGGCAUUGAGCGGACAUAUAUUUAUAAUUGUUUGGAGAGCACUGAAGGCGCAGAGGCAUUUGGGUAAUGCUACGUCAGCUUGGAACCUGGUGCUAGGAUUGGUCUCUUGCCUGGGCUUUGUAAGCCUUAAGCUGUGGGACCAGGAGCUGGCACAAUGGGCACUUUUCCGCCGGCUUACUGGCCACUUUUGGUCCAAGAUCUGUGAUGUUCUGCAGUUCCAUUUUGCCUUCCUCUUUUUUACCCAGCUGAGCAGGCGCCAGCUCUGGUCUCAGUGAAUUAGUCCACAAUCUUCACAUGCCAAUUUU